UCAAUCGGUGAGAGACAGCUGUGUAGACAACAGGAAGACACAGCCAAGUAUUGUUUAAGAAACUCACCCAGUUUUCAUUGGUGAGAGCACAGGCUGCUGGCCACUGCAAACCCCAGUCUAAACCCUGAGCCUACCUGAACUGCCAGACUUGUGUUCAGAGCUCAGCUAUGCAGGACACAAUGGUGUGAACUCAGCUUCCUGUUGUCACCAGUCUCUACGGAAUUUCACAAACAAGUGUCAGAAUGGAAGAGGCAGAACUGCUGAAGGAGCGACUCCAAGCCAUUACAGAUAAGAGAAGAAUCCAAGAGGACAUUGGGAAAAAAAGGAUAGAAAUAGAAGAAGAAAAAUUGAAGCUUCAAUAUUUAAAGAAAAAAUCUUUGAGAGAAAAAUGGCUCAUGGACGGAUUAAGUGGCCAGAGUCUGCAGGAACAAGAGGAAAUAACUAAACAGGCUCAGGACGACCAGCAACAGACCAAACUGCUGGAAAGGAACAUCCACAGGAUGGAAAAUGAAAUCAAGGCACUUGAACAGCUUGAGGUACAGAUCUCAACCAAUGAGGGAAUUAUAUUGAAAAGGUUGAAAGAAGUUGAGAAAUCUCCAGAAGAUAUCAUAAAGGCUGUAAAGGCUGAAGCCCAAAAAGAGUCAAUUGCAUAUGUUUAUUCCGAGAUUUCGGAUCUUCCGAAAUCUUACAAACCUUCAAAGCUGAAGAAAAUGGCAAGUCCAGAACCUGAAACAGAUAAUGAUCAAUCCAAACAAGCUUUGUUUGCAAUGGAGAUCAAUGUGCAAAAGGACAUGAAGACUGGAGAAAGUCAGGUUCUGUCGACGGCAACUGUCUCAGCUGAGGAGUUUAAAGAGAAAGGGAUUAAAGUAUACGAUGAUGGAAGAAAAUCAAUUUACGCAGUGCAUUCUAAUGGGGGAAACAAUCACAAUGGGCUAGAGGAACUGUCCCCAGUUGAGGUAGAGGAGCUGUUAAGGAAAGCCACGGAAAAGAAGUCUGCUUUAGAAUACCACGAACCAGUGUUCUCAAGCCCGUACAGCAGACCCUCAACCCCAAAGAAGCAAGACAGGGAGCAGAUCAGCCCAGAACCAAACAGUCCACAACCAAACAGACACCAAGAGAUGGGUGGCAGACACACUCCUGUUAAAUUAGAACUUCACAAUGAAAAAGCUCAUUUUCAAGAUGGCAUAGACCAUUUGCCUCAUUUCAAGGGAUCUCAGUUGGAAGGACAAAAGAUCCCAAGCAGAAAUAACCAAAAUAUUUUUAAAAAUGUAGACGAACCACACAUGUCCAGAAAUAACCAAAAACCAAUCCAGAUUCCUUACCAGGACCCAAGGGAAAACCAUUGUGCAGCAGUUUUUCUUAAUUCAGGAUACAGCAAUGGUCAGUCAUCUUUAGUCCAUCAAGAGGAUACCAGAUGCAACAUUCUACACGCUGUGCCUACCAAUGUUGAAAGCAAGGAACCAGUUACCAUGAUAUUUAUGGGUUAUCAAAGCAUAGAGGAUCAGGAUGAAGCUGUGGGUUUUGAGGGGGCUAUUCGGGCUGAACUGGUAGUUAUUGAUGAUGAUGAUGAUAAUGAUGACCACGAUGCGCAGCCAUCUUACCAUCCUGAUGGGCAGCAUAGCAAGGCUUUCCAUCCAGCUAUCAACUCGAAUGCUGGUCUGUAUCUUCCAGAUGCACGAAUAAACUUGAACAUGAACAACAUGUAUUCUGAAGGGCCAAUGACUGGAGAUGGUACCGACGACCCUUCAAUGACAGCACUAGGACUGAGAAUGGCAAAACUAGGCAAAAGAAUGAUGUAACAUGCCAAGAUGGGAUUUCAGUAGCUGCCUUAAAGAUUCCAUGAAGGCAAGCCAAAGAAAGGAUGUCCACCGGCCGAGACUUCCUUUUUGCACAGACCGCACCAGAAUCAACUAUUUAAUGAACACUAUGGAUGCGUUUCAAUACAGUUUAUUUCUAUGAGAUAUGAAACUACUCAAUAUGCAAGUGCAUUAGGAUUUGGUAAUCUAUGUUUGUUUAGGGGGGAAUAAUAUAUCUAAUGAUAGUUAUUAUUAUUAUUAUUAUUAUUAUUAUUAUUAUUAUUAUUAUUAUUAUUAUUAUUAUUAAUAUUAUUAUUAUUAGUGGGAUAUAUGUUUAGUUUGUUUAUGGCUAUACUCACUAUAUUCAAUUAAAAUGCCAUAUUCAUAAGUGCCUUUAAAAAGUCUUUUCUGGUUGUUUAUGUAUAUUCACAUUUAAUACUGUGAUUUGUAAUAGAUUUCUAUGUGUAGUAAAUUAUGUUUGGUGAAAAAAGUAAUCCAACUAAAUCCAAUCUUAAAUUCCAGUACAGUACAUGAAAACUAUUACUAUAUUGAUAAAUACAAUUCUGCUGUGGUCCAAACAUGCUGAUGUUGCUUUUACAGAAAUAAUUAAAAAGGACGGAUUCUA